ACGCUCACAGGAAUGGGGGAAAAUCAGCGCCGAAAAUCUCCAAAUCUGACUUCAAACCUUCAUAAGAAUCGAAAAAAUGUCCCAAAUCGAAACCCUAGGUAUCCUCGACGAGAUCCAAGCUCUCAUCUCCGAUAAACUUCAAGUAGUGUCCUACAAGUGGUUAAGUCGUAACUUUCUGGUCUCAUCCAAUGUCGCAAAGAGAUGCUUGCCGAGUUUGUUGAGAAGCAUGGAAGUGGGUUAGAAGUUGUAUAUAGUUUGUCUGGCUGGUUGAAGAACUCUCCAUCAAACUAUCAUAUUCAGCUCGUGACAGGGCCUAAACUUUCAGAAGCCAAGCAAGAAUAUGACGGCAAUUGCACAGUUCAUGUGUAUAGUGUGCAAGCUUGCAUCCCAAAGGACCCAGCUGCAAUUUGGAAUACUGAAUUUAUACAAGCUGAAGAGCUCUUCAAGCAGCCUACCACAGUGGAUAAUUGCUUGAGAGAUAAUAGAUUCUGUGGGAUUUCAACUUCAUUUGUCAAGCGCAACAUCGACGGAACUACUGCAAGGGUUGCAACUGCACAGCCAAAUAGUGUGGGAGUCUCAGGACUGUCUAAAAAUACUUCUUCUCAUACCAAUGCAGCUUUACCAUCUCAACAAAAUAAGGUUCAGCAAUCAAGCUCGAAAGUUGCUCAGCAGACUCCCAUUGUGAUUAAAGAUACCAAAAGCGACAAUAUCAGUGGAGUCCAUGGUGUGGCCACCAAGCCUUCUGAUAAAGAAAAAGUUACUUUCUUGCCUUCUAAUGAAAGGAAAGGCCAGAAUGAUAAAGGUUCCGCUGGAAAUGGAGGUUCAUUAGCAAAUUUCUGGGAUCGUGCAUCUACUAAACCAAAGACCUGUACUGUGCCAGCAGAUAACAAUGGUCCCAUCCAAAAGUCCAACGGUGCACAAGUUUGUGCUAAUGAGCAGCAGAGCAUGAGAACAGUGACAUUGAUGCUCAAGAAGUUAAUUUUGGGAAAGCUUCUAACAAUGAAGGCAAUAGGAAACGGAGGGUAUUUUUCGAUUUCUCAGAUGAAGAUGAGUAUGAAGACGCUGUCAAUCUAGCGCCACCUGAUCCCCCUAAAAGGAAAUCAUUUUUAAAUUCAGAACAAAAUUCUAAAACAUCAGCUCCAGAGAAACCGGUUUUGGUUGUAGACAAGCCAAACAAAGAUGAAGCAAAGGUUAAGGAAGAGAGAAGUAGGAACGGAGAAUCCAAUAGAUCAUUGGGACAAGAAGCUUCAUUUGUCAGAAAAAGCACAAAUGGUAAGAAUUCCUCUUCAGUUAAGCUUGACAGCCAGCUUCCUGAAACUGAUCUAAAUAAGAAGGAUAAAGUUACUGAUGACGCACCAAAUUCGCCUAAAAGGAGGAAAGUGUUGAAGACACGUAUUGAUGACCGUGGAAGAGAAGUUACUGAGUAGUUUGGGAAGGCAAGGAGACAGAAGUGAAGAAAGCUGAAAGUGACAUGCAGAAGAAAGCUGGAAGUGGAACAACCAAUGCUAACUCCAACACCGUCUCAAAUACUAAUAGCAGGCCUGCUGCAGCCAAAAAGUCCCCUGCAGUUGGAACCACUGCACCAUCUAAUCCAGGAGGUAAAGCUGGAAACAAGAAAGCUGGAAAUGCCAAGGAUCCUAAGCAAGGAAAUAUUCUAUCUUUCUUCAAAAAGGUUUGAUCAUCGGUAUCAAGCUAGUUUUACCUUUUUCUUCCCUUUCUCUGAGCUUUGUGGUAAUGAAAAGUUGCUUACAGACAUCAAUGUAUG